GAUUCUCCGCGAACUGACAAUUGUAGACCUCCAGAACAAUUUUGAAAUUUGAACUAUUAUCAUAAGUACAAAUUUAAAGAAUUGUUGUUAUUUGAUAAGUUGUACUAUUCUUAUUUUGGGUUCAAGGUUUAAUAAUUAUGGAUGAAGUACGGUCCUUUUUCAAAAAUCCAACUGUACAAACUAGAAAACUUCGAGGUCCGCUCACGGCUGGAUGCAGAGUUACUAAAAAUGAUUGUAUUUAUGGAUUCAACCGUCCAGAAGAACAUAGACAUUCUAGUCUUUCUACUGGAACAGAUUAUGCUGGAGAAGUACAACAAAGGGAGAUACAAUCAUAUUUAAAUUGCAAAUUAGCAGAGAAUACGUCUGAAGACAGUCAAGAUGGUUUAAAUUCUCUAGAGAAUCUUACUUCUUGGGGUUCAGUCAUGCCUAGUAGCAUGGGCAACUUGGCAGAUGAGGCUAUGGCUGCUAAUUACAGCAAAUAUAAUUUCACAAUAAAGGAAGAUACAAAGGACCUAGCUAUAAAUAAAUACAAAGAGGAAAUAAUGAGUAGAAUCACAGCUUAUCCCAUAGUAAUAAUUGAGGGCCCAACUGGAUGUGGGAAAACCACACAAGUGCCACAAUGGAUCCUUCAUGAUGCUUAUGAGAGGAGGAUGCCAUGCAAAAUUGUUGUUACUCAGCCUCGUAGAAUUGCAGCUACAUCAAUUGCUAAAAGAGUAGCGCAGGAGCGUGGUUGGGAUGUUGGUGGUCUUGUUGGAUACCAGGUUGCCCUUGAAAAUAAAACAUCAACAGAAACACGCAUCUCAUAUGUUACAACCGGUGUACUACUUCAGAAAUUAGUGAGCACCAAAAAUUUGAAUGAAUACACUCAUAUUAUAUUAGAUGAAGUUCAUGAAAGAGGUCAAGAAAUGGAUUUUUUACUUCUGGUUAUUAAAAAACUCAUGUACACUGUGUCUUCUGGCAUCAGAGUGAUACUUAUGUCAGCUACGUUCAACACAAAAGUGUUCACAAAUUAUUUUCACAUCCCAGCGAUUGGGGAUCACAACAAACCGAGUUGCAUUCACAUAAAAACGGGACAGGCGAAGCACAAAAUAUUUUACAUUAAUAAUUUGAACAAAUUUACUCUCCCAAAAAUGAAUGAUAAUCCAGAAAUAACUACGGAAAUGCACCACCUAGUAGUCAAACUGGUGAAUGGAUUUGAGUCAAUCGAUAGCCAAGGACAUUCUAUUGACAUUUCACAGGAGAAUUUGCCUUCGGUUCUUAUUUUUCUACCAGGGAUACAUGAAAUAGAAGAGUUGUACACCUGUCUCACCAAUGAUGAAUUACGGAGGAAAUUAUGCGGGAAGAGUUCUCUCCAUUGGUGGGUGUUACCCCUCCACUCAACGAUCACAGCUGACGAACAAGUACGUGUAUUCCUACGUGCAAAACCCGGACAAAGAAAGAUCAUUUUAUCUACGAACAUCGCUGAAAGUUCCAUCACUGUACCGGAUAUUAAAUAUGUGAUUGACUACUGCCUUAUGAAAGUGCUAGUAGCGGAUGUAAACACUAACUUCACGUCAUUGCAACUUCAGUGGGCUUCGAAGGCAAAUUGUGAUCAGCGCGCGGGAAGAGCUGGUCGAGUGGGGGGAGGGGGGAGAGUGUACCGUCUGGUGACUGAUAAGUUCUAUGAAAACUUUCUGGAUGAAUGUACGCCUGAACUCACGAGAUGCCCGUUAGAAAGGCUCGUCCUUCUCGCUAAAACUCUGCAAAUGGGUCCUCCGGUUGAUAUUUUGGCAUUGGCUAUGAACCCACCUGACCUUUCCAAUGUACAUCGUACUAUAUUAGUACUUAAAGAGAUCGGUGCCUUAAAGAAAUUGGUCAACGGCGAGUGGAGUUCGUUAGAUGGAGAUAUAACGUAUUUGGGACGUAUUAUGGCCCAACUACCUCUUAACGUACAAAUGUCGAAACUGAUCAUGCUGGGAUAUAUCUAUGGUUGUCUGGAUGAGUGUAUUAUUAUGGCCGCUGCAAUGUCAGUGAAAAAUGUCUUCAGUAGUCCGUUUCGCGAACAGCUUAAUGCGUAUAAUUCUAAGCUAACAUGGGCUGAUGGAUCCACUAGUGAUUCUAUUGCGUUCUUGAAUGUUUAUAAGGUGUGGAGCCACCUUCGCCAACAACAGUACUUCAGGCAAACGGGCAAAAGUGAAUCACAAUGGGCCCAUCGAUUUUACGUACAAGUGCGUGCGAUGCGCGAACUUGACGAAAUGGUUCGUGAGUUGCGUACACGUCUAUCACGUGAGGAGAUUGACACGCAAAAGGCAAAAUCACCUUGGGGCAGACAGGAACUGUCUGUUGUUUUGAAGGUUCUCCUAGCGGGCGCGUUCUACCCGCAGUACUUCGUUCAAGUGGCGGGUGAUGAAGUACGCGAACGUGAAGCCGUACGUACGCUGAACGGCCUUGACCCGCGAAACACUGUGUAUUUGAGAGGUUUCCCGGAUAACCAACCGGGUGAUAUAUACGCGACUGCGAUUAAGAAAGUUAUCAUGAAUAAUAUUGGCGAUGAACCGAGAGUCACCUUCGAUAAAAACAGCCGAAAAGUCUACUUGACGUUCAACGACAAUUAUUACGGGAUGAAACGCGAUCAAGCUCGUGGUGGUGAUCCGACCAUACCCGGCCAAGUUGUUCUGCCCGUGUACAAGGCUAUUAAGGCGCGUCAAUUAAAAAUGCAAUGCAGGAUACCGUUAUUACCUUUGAACAAAGCAAAUGACUUGGUAAAAGCAAUGGAGGCUUUAAAAUUAAGCCGUAAUGUUGAUCAAAUGGUUCCGAGACUACCGGAUAUCGAUGACACGCAUUUCCCCAUGACAAUAUCACAGCUCAUAAACGUUGGUAAAUUCUGGGUGCAAUACGCUGACGAAUCAACAGCUAGUGAGCUUCGCAUGAUCCAGCAUAAGUUGAACCGUAAACCACUUAUUCCGUGUUCUGAGUCACCGGCCGUUGAUAUGCUGGUCGCAGCCCCUUACGUAGAUGCAUCUGGGACUAGGAUGUAUAGAUCGAGAAUCACACGGGUGUUGUCCAAGGACAUGCUGGAGGUCUUCUACAUAGACUAUGGUAGUGUGGGCCGAGUGAACGUGGGCAGUUUGAGAAUGUUACCUGAUGGCAUGGACAGUCCGCCCUUAGCCAUGCUCUGCGUAUUGGCUGAGAUUGCGCCUGCGCCGCUUUUGACCGCGCACAGGGAGUGGCCACCUGGUGCCGUCCAAGUCUUCACUGAAUUGGUCUCCAAGGGACGACUUAUUGGCAAGGUGUACUCGGUGACUCACGGAGUGGUAUCCAUUGAGCUGAUGGCUGAGGGCGGUCGAAUCAGUAUUAACAAGGAAUUAAUACAAAAAGGUUUAGCAGUCAAGUGUGAGGAAAGUUAUGAAUCAAAGUUGAACCACGACCUAAGAGAGACUGCAAGCGAACUCAACAUGUCCCAAAAACGUGCUCACAAUAAGGAACAAUCUGAAAUGGCGUAUAAACAUGUCACCGAGUUGGGGGCACCCAGUUAUACCGAAUGCGUCUCUGACGUUUGCCUUAAUGGACCAAUAAGCCCGUUAGAAACGACCGUACACAAUCUAAUGUAUGCGAGCCAUGACAAACCUGUUAGUAUAGAGAACAGUUCGGUCAACUCCGUACUACUGGAUACGGAGCCACAGGAAAUAUAUGAAAGGUUGCUGGUCGCCGCAGAAGUCGGUCAGAACGAAGUCAGCAGCCGUCUGACUCUACGCCACACCACGCUGAUGCCCAACAUACCUUGCCUACCCGCAUUGCUUGCACUAAUAUUCUGCCCUGAGGCUGAGCUACGCCGUGAUUCGUCGGGUAGUCGAUACGUGAGCGUUCUAUGCGGUUUGGGGAGUGACUCUGAGGGACAUCCCUAUUAUCCAGAACACGAUUUACUCGUGAAUAUCGACGCUGAUCUGACUGUUGAUGAUAUUGGAACCAUAAACCACCUCCGUUACCUGAUGGACCUGACGAUGCACCUGCGGAAUAAAAUGGCUACGCCGAUCGACGACGUGGACUUCACCGCUAAUCUGCCCCAGCUUAUUCGGGAAGACCUCAUGAAAUUAUUACUGAAGCGCCGCAAGCAUCGCGUCCCAGAAUCAGUACUCAGGGCCUGGGAGUGGAAGUCGAUACCUGAUGAAGAGUUCCUCAGCAUCAACGUGCCAGAUAUGGUGGAAAGUGCUGAAGUCUACCCGUUACAUGCUCCAUUAGAACUGAUACCUGUCUCCAGGGAGCGGCUUCUGGAGCUGAAGAAAGAUAACGAUGAGCUGAAGAUGCUCGUGAACCGGGCGUCUCAAGCAACGAACAAGGAUUUGUCGUGUAAGCUUUGCGGCACAGCGCCGAUGCCACUACAUGCGAUGCGUAUACACCUCUUCUCUAACGUGCACCGCGAGAAGGAGGACGACUUCUUCAUCGUUAAUUCUUAAAUUUAAUUAAUUUUAGUAAGUGAUUUCAUUGUGAUACGUAUUGUUAGUUUAGGUGUCUUGGGUAAGGUUUAGAAACACUUAGCUCUAUGUGACCCUUACCCUUAUGACAUGUAUAUUAAGUUCUCUACUUAAGUAUUGUCAAAUUUGACAAACUUCAAAGGGUUUUUUGUAAUUUGAUCGACAGCUCUUGAAAUUAAAUCUAAGUUAAGUAAAGUAUGCGAGCCUUAACGCCAAGUAAGUUAAAUAUAAAACGUUUUUAACAUACGGAAGUCAUGGGGGUUCAGUCAAGAUGCUUUAACAGUAGAAUAUGUGGAAAGUCUGACAGUUCGAGGCAAAGAAUUGGUCGACACAAAGUAUCAUGUUCAUACAAAUUUAGUUUUCGUCUUUCUACAUACACUACUGUUAAGGCAUCUUGACUAAACCCCUUGAACUCAAAUCUGAUUGUUACCUAAGGCCUGUAUUCUAGAAUCGUAUUCAUAUUUAACUUAAGCGCUCGUUGUGAUUUGAGAUAAAAAUUUCAAUAUCGAAUUAGAUUUUUUAUGUUUUUGUUUGAACUCUCUGCUUUUGACUUUGUCGAACUUUGCUUAAGAUACAAACGUCCAUAGAAGAUCUGUCUCUCUCUAGUUCUAAUAUUAAUUAAAUUAUUUUUUUACGAAAUUUAUAAAAUGUUAUAAUUAGUACCUAAGUACGUUAAAAGUUUUGUAUUAAUCGGAGUAAGAAAUAUGCGUGUUAUCUUAUCGAUAAUUACCUAAAAACAUUUGAAUACCUAAAAAGUUGACUAUAGCAUUCGGUCACCACAAACCAUACGGAGAUUUAUGAUUAUUUAAAAUAUCCAGUGAUGGACUUAAAAAUUGGCACAAUUCAAUAUUGUCAACUUUGGAAUAUCAGAUGGCGCUGUAUCAUUAGCUAAGCUAAGAUGGCGUAAUUUGUCGAAUUUUGUGCCAUUACCAGAGCGAUUUUGUUGAUAGUUUCAUAUGACAUAAUCUCUUUCCAAUUAUUACAAGAAAUCCCCGAUAAAUUUUUCCUCAAUAAUUUCAUUAUUCGUUUUUUAAUUGAUAUUUACAAAUUCCGGCUAAAACGUAAUAAUUUUGCUUGAUACAUAUAAUGAUUUAUGACAACAAAGAAAGAAACAUGUCAAUGUCAUAUUUGACUAUUAACAGUCUACUUACCGAUUUUUCAACAUUGACAACUAUUGAAAUGUAGAUUCUUUCUGACUAUAAUAAUUAUCAUUCCAAUCUAAACUUCUUGAGACUUUUUGAUUUGACAUUUUGAAUAAAGUCUAAAUUCUAAAUUAAACAACAACUACAUAAGAACAAUAAUCUAAAUAAGAAAAAAAAAUGUUUAAGUUUACAAAAACUUUGAAACAUUUAGAACUAAAAAUGCUGGUAAUUGAGUCUACCUCAUUAAUAACUGUAAGUGUGCAAGUUUAGUUCUGAAAUGAAGACAACGUUAGGUUGGGUUAUUACAAUAUUGUAUGAUUAAGUGUUAAGAAAAUAAACGUUUCAAUAUCA